GCCACCUCCGUCAAAAAUGAGAUAAUGACAUUGAGUGAAAGCUAUCUGCAUAUAGUACACGUUCAACAAAUAUAUUUGCUUCAAAUACUCUAAAUCUCACCCUCAGCCCAUUCAGAAAUAUCAGUUUGUUGGCAAAAGCCUCUAGACGCCACUUCUCUUUGGCAGCAAAAGCCGCUACAUCCCGAGAACCAAUCAGAAGGCGCGAAUCAAUACAGGCGGUUUCAAUAUAGCGGCGCGCUGAGGAGACGGCUUUUUUUAGACGUCUGAGGAGAUUGUUUUUGUUUUAUUCAGAUUCUGAUUUUUUUACGUUUUUAAGAUGGAGUACGAUGAAAUGGAUGAGCCUAUCCUAAUGACAUCAAAUGGCAGAAGAAAACGUCGUUUACCUCAAAACUCUUCCCGUUACAAGGCAAAAGUAAAUCGAUACAGUGGAAAUGGCUUGGUCGCAAGUGUAGCAUGCACUCAUAACACUUCUUGGUGCGGUGCUGUUACUUUGAAGGAAUCUGAUUUAUUUUACAUCAAACAACAGCUCUAUUCCACCAACGACAAAGUCGAACAAGAUGCCAUUCUUCUGUCUCAUAUGGAUGCUAUGCCAUGUAAACGGAGGAGACAACAAGUGGAGGCUGAAGAGAAAAGAAGGCAAAGAGAUGUAUCGAUAAAGUAUGCCGUUUUGAAAGAAGAUAAAACAAAAGUUCCCAUCUGCCACGCUUCAUUCCUGAGCAUUUUCUGUGUCAAGAAAGACAGAGUUCAGAGUAUUGCAAAGUACUGGCUUGAGAACGGCAAAGCACGUCCCGAACAUCGUGGUGGUCCCAGGGAAAUUGAAGCACAAACUGCAAAGAAGGACAUAGUUCGAAAGCACAUACAGUCUUUUAAUUGUAGAGCAAGCCACUAUGCCCGCCGUGGUGCACCUGGGAGAAAGUUCCUGCCGAGUGACUUGAGUGUGGCAAAAAUGCAUCAGAUGUUUCUUGAGCAGAAUCAUCAACAAGUUUCCUACUCACUAUACUGGAGCAUCUUUGUGUAUGACUUCAACCUGGCUUUUGGUCAUCCUGCCAAAGAUGUGUGCUCUUCGUGUGUCAAAUUCCGCAUUGCAAUCAAUGAUCCUGAUCUGACUGCAGAAGAGAAGCGGAACAAGAUUCUUCUUUACACACUUCACCGUCGCCGAGCUCGUCAGUUUUAUGACACACUAAAUGACGUGGGUGAUACAUUCACUGUCUGCUUUGACAUAAUGGAGAACCUGGUCCUUCCUAGGUCUGCCAUCUGUCAAACGUAUUACUCAAGGCAGGUAUACUUUUAUGUAUUCGGUGUGGUCCGUCACCGUGGCAGAGGAGAACCCCAGAGUCGGCAUGAGAUAAAUCUGUACACCUGGCUGGAAUAUGAGAACUCAAAGGAUAGUAACAUUGUCGCGUCAGCUCUACAUCACUACUUCACCUCAGUGGCAGGAGUUGAUCUGCGACAGUGUCAGAGCCUCCGACUGUUCUCUGACUCUUGCUACGGCCAGAAUAAAAACAUUAAUGUUCUGUCUAUGUUGUUUGCCAUGCGUUCUCAGCUGUACCCCCAGCUCAACAUCACUUACUUCUUUCCUAUACGAGGGCACAGUUUCCUUCCAGCUGACAGAGUGUUUGGAAGGAUUGAGCAAGAUAUCCGGAAGCAUACAACUAUUCUGUUGCCAGAAGAGUAUAACAACAUUUUGCUGAAGCAUGGCACUGUCUAUCAAUAUGGAAAGGACUGGCAGUGCUAUGACUUCAAAGAGGCAGCAGCCAGGUUCACAACAACUCAGAGAUCAUUCAAAAUAAGUGAAGCAAGAGUGCUGCAAAUCUCUGGAGAUAAGCUGGGGCUAAAGCCUGCUUUUGCUGGUGAAUUUUGCCAGCACUCUGUGCUGAAGCGGGGAAAGAAGUGGUUUCAGUUCAAGCCGGCUCUUCUUCCGGAUGUGAACUGCGUCAAUGAAGCAAAGAGGACUGAUGUCUUGAAGCUGCUGGGUGAGUUGGGAGCACCAAAAGCUGUACAAGAGUUCUAUGAAAACAUCCUGGCAAGUGAUGGUGGCAAGGACAUUGAACAAGACCUUGAGGAUGAAUGAAUGACAGCAUCUAAAAGUUUCUGAGAGAUGUCCUCUUAUUGCACAGUACUGUUUGUGUUUUAUUUGCUUGUGUAAGCUUUUUUCUAAUUCACAAACAGGUCAAGUCCUAUUUUUAUUGUUAUCUUAAUGUCGCUUUACAUUUAAUGAUCUAAUUUAUUCUACUUGCAUCUGAUAUGCAGUUUAUAUUGGAACAUUAUAUUGGAAUUGUUUAGGGCUUUUACAUUUUUAAUUACAUUUAGAAUACCUGUUUAUUUGCACUGAUUUUUUUUAUACUUGAAUUUUAUAUUAAAUUAUUACUUUACACUGCUUAAGUCUUAUAAGCUUCUUAUACAAAAUGCACAGAUAUUGAUGUUUAAUACUUGAUUAUACUGAAUCGAAUAUGCUUUGUUUACAUCAAUGUUUGCAAUGUUUACAUAGUUCAACUUAUAAAUCCCAAAUAUCAGAAAUGACGUUAUUGUUAAAAUUGUAUUGAUGUCAAUGUAAUGUUAAUGACUUAAUGCACUUACUUGGAUAGAUGUAUUUUUAAUUUAAUGUUUGUGCAACAUUUGUUUUUUGAAUUGUUAAAAUAAAUGUACUGCCAUUUUUUGCCAAUGUGGUUAUACUGUGUGAAUCUUUCUUUUACAUGUGUAUAUAUAGAUUUUUUUUGGGGGGGGGGUGGGGGGGGUUGUCGUUAUUCAGACAGGGCAGAAAGGUGACUGCAGAGAAAUCAGGUGGAAUUUGCAAAUAAUCGAAGAUCACAUUCAACCCCCCUGUAAAGAAGUUUGUCUACUGUUUAGUUUUGAAAUGAUUAUGCUCUAAUCUUUUUCAUUGUUUCUAGUUAUAUUUUUAGUGAUUUUUAGUGAUUGUUUAAAUAUUUACUAUGUCUUGUUCCAAAUAGGUGGAUUUAGAGGUUUUUGCGAAAAAAGCACAAGUGGAUUUAGCUGGUUUUGACGCAAAAGAAAAUCUAAUUUGUUAAAAAUCACUGAAUUGACUGAAGUGACAUUUAAAAAAAAAAAGUUAUUUUAUUCACUGACUAAUAACCUUAUCAGUACCUUUAAAAUGAAACUAAUGAACGUGAACACAGGAGCCUAAUAAAAAAUGCUCAUUUAAAGAAAAUAAGUCUGAUGGAUUUAGAGGUUUUUGCAUCUGAACUCUGCAUAUAUAUAUAUAUAUAUAUGUAUGUGGCUGAAUAAAAAUAUUUGGACAUUAUUUAUAAAAAUUACAUCAACUUAGCACCAACAAGCUUGUUAGCUAGACAGUUAGCAUCAGCUAACAAUAUUUACUUAUUUUCAGUACGAUGAACAUUCAUGUCUGUCUACUCGUCUAGUUAAU